GUUUUUCGAGCAGAGAAAAGCCUCGAGACGGAACCCAGUGCUCUCUCUGUCUCUCUCUCUCUCUCAGCUGGAAUUCCAGAAAUCUCGAAUCCCUGGUCGAUUUUCUACGAAUUCAAGCUUAAUAUUCAAGAGUUAGGGUUUCUCAGAUGCUAAAAUCAGGUUCUCUGCUUCAGUUCGGAGAUUGAGUUUUUAUUUGUUUUGAAGCGGUGGAGAAUGGGUUUAUCUUGCUGUAUGCUAUCUGAAGAAUCUGUAUUGCAGCAGCCGCAUUUUCUAUGGUUUUUGUUCUGAUUAAUUGCCGGUAACGGGGUUUUUGGUUGGAGGAGUUUGGUCACUAUGGAAGGGAGCUUAGGUUGCCUGUUUGGGACGUUUGAAUAAUCUAUAUUGCUAAACGGUUGCUUAUGUGGUUGCUAUACUUUUAUCUGUGACUGGAUUGUCCUGGUUCUAUUUCUCGUUGAAGGAGGUCGUUUUAGAGGUCUCAUUGCCAACUAUAACUAUGACUUACAUUUUUCAAAGAGUGACCUAGCUUUGUUACCUCUGAGAUUUCAAGUUAUCUUCCGAUGAAGGUUCUGUCUGGCCUGUUUAUCUUGUUUGUGGGGCGGACAUUUCUCUCUCCUGUUUCUUUGUGUCAAAUUCGGCUCUAGUUUUGCCAUAAUAUUAGCAAAUGAUCAAAGAGUGGUGUAGUCGAGUUGCUUUUAUGGUAAAUAUGUGAAGUGUAUUAUUGCUAAGAGGGAUAUUUACUCAUUUUCAAGAGGAAUGACAACUGAGAUUCCGAUGAGAUUGGUGGGAAGUGGUGGAGCUAGUAAUUGGCAUUCAUCUAAGGAGGCCACAGCAUUAACAUCAUCAUCAAAUAAUAUGGCAGCACAGGAGCUGGGGUUGCUUUUGAGUGAGCAUAGGUUUCAGGCUAAUGGGAGGGACAUGGUCCCCAACCGGAGUGGAAGUGCACCACCAAGCAUGGAAGGAUCAUUUGCUUCUAUUGGGAACCUUUUUGGUCAGCAGAAAUCCAGUCUGGUAGAAAGCCUGACGAGUUUAAACAAUGCAAUAGAAAACUGUGAGUCUGAGGAGCAACUCCGUGCUGAUCCGGCCUAUGUAGCAUACUAUUGGGCAAAUGUCAAUUUGAACCCGAGACUUCCCCCGCCUCUCAUCUCACGAGAGAACCGACAUUUAGCACAUCGCAUUGGUGGUUUUGGAGAUAAUCGGAGGUUGACUUCUUUUGAUGAAAGUAGCAGCAGAUCUUUGACUCGUGAUGUCCUCUCUACUCACAAGGAGGAGUCUGAGGAUGAGAGGUCGCCUAGACAGGCUUCUAGUGAUUGGGCAGAAAAGAGUACUGGGUUUCUAUCGAGACAGUACACGAGAUCAUUGACAGGCCGCCAUAAAAGUCUGGUGGAUUUGAUACAGGAAGACUUUCCUCGCACUCCAUCUCCUGUAUAUAAUCUGUCUCGUUCCUCAAGUCAUGCAGUAACAGAGGAAGCAGUUGAUGCAGAUGCCCAAGUAAACCCUACACAUGGUUCUCCUAUCAACACAGCUUUAGUACAGGAGCUGAACACAGCCACUGCAGGCAUUCAUGGGGCUUCACCUUCACUGGGUGUACAUUUUAUUGGAUCGUUAGCAAGCAGUGAUCCUUCUCCUGAAGUACCUCUUCCAAGCUCAUCAUCUGCUGACAUGACUGGAAGCCUUCCUGGCCUCGAAAGAGAAGCAAGUAGUGAAGAUGCUCAUUUGGACGAUUCCGCCUUAAGUAGUGGUGUGGCUGGUUCGCACAUUAAUAGUAUUGAAGCUGAAAUGAAGGGUCUUAGCAUAUCUAACCUAACCAAUGCAGAGGGGCAUAGAAGUAAUCAAGAACGGCAACAUCUGCAGCAGAGUAAUCCGCGACACCAGUUGCAUCCGCAACGAGGCGCUAAUAAAGUUCAAGGUGUCCACCCCCAAAUGAUUUCUCAAGGAAUGCACCACACCUACAAUACCAUGGAUCAUUUAUCUCUUGGCCCCAACAAGUUUUCCUCGGUUGAGGUACAACCUGUACUUCAGACCUCUGGAAUGACUCCCCCUUUGUAUGCAACUGCAAGUGCUUAUAUGGCCUCUGGAAAUCCUUUUUACCCUAAUUUGCAACCUUCAAGUCUAUUUGCUCCCCAGUAUAGCAUUGGUGGAUAUGCUUUAAAUGCCACACUUAUGCCACCAUUUGUAGCUGGAUACCCACCACCCACUGCUAUUCCUAUGGCUUAUGAAAAUCCUGCUGGUCCAAGCUUUAAUUCUCGUUCUGUUGGUGUAACGACCGGGGAAAGUAGCGCACCUGGAGUUGAUUUACAAAACCUGUACAAGUUUUAUGGACAGCUUGGACUAGCAUUGCAACCUUCUUUUACUGGUCCUCUGUACAUGCAUUACUUUCAGCAUCCUUCUGAGGAUGCAUAUGGUGCUGCUGGUCAAUAUAGUCCAUUGGCAUCGAGGGGGGAUAUUUUAGGCAGCCAUGAUGCUUUUAAUUCACAGAAAGGGCCUCCCUUGGUUGAUUAUACAGCAGAUCAGAAAUCUGAAACUCUGAGAAGUGGUGCGCUAAACAUUCCAAGUUCAAGAAAGGUAGGAGUUGCCAGUCCAAAUCCUUAUGGAAGCCCCCCCAGCUUGGGCAUCCUGAUGCAAUACCCAACUUCGCCUCUUCAAAGUCCAGUUCUUCCAGGAUCGCCAAUGUCUGGCAUGAGCCCAGGAAGGAAAAAUGAGAAUUUCAGGUUCCCUUUGGGUUCAAAUAGAAAUGUAGGGGCAUAUUCUGGAUGGCAGGCACAAAGAGGAAGUGAGAAGUUUGAUGACCCAAAACCAUUUUCUUUUCUAGAAGAGUUGAAAUCCAGUAAGGCCCGCAGAUUUGAGCUAUCUGAUAUUGCUGGACGUAUUGUUGAGUUCAGUGCUGACCAACAUGGGAGUCGGUUUAUUCAGCAGAAGUUGGAAAACUGUAGUGCUGAAGAGAAGAUAUCUGUUUUUGAGGAAGUUCUCCCACAUGCUCCAACAUUGAUGACUGAUGUGUUCGGCAAUUAUGUUAUUCAAAAGUUUUUUGAGCAUGGAAGCCCUGAGCAGAGAAAAGAACUAGCAAAUCAGCUUGCUGGCCGCAUUCUACCUUUGAGCCUUCAGAUGUAUGGGUGCCGGGUAAUUCAAAAGGCACUUGAAGUUAUUGAGCUUGAUCAGAAAACACAGCUUGUCCGGGAACUUGAUGGACAUGUCAUGCGAUGUGUACGUGAUCAAAAUGGAAACCAUGUUAUACAAAAAUGCAUUGAAUGUGUGCCAACAGAGAAAAUUGGGUUUAUCAUUUUUGCAUUUCGUGAUGAAGUUGCAACACUGUCCACACAUCCUUAUGGCUGCCGUGUUAUCCAGAGAGUCUUGGAGCAUUGUACUGAUGAUCAACAAAGUCAGUGGAUAGUGGAUGAGAUCUUGCAAUCUGCUUGUUCUCUUGCCCAGGACCAGUAUGGAAAUUAUGUUACCCAGCACAAUAUUCAGGGUGAAGUACUCCCCUCACCUCAGAGGGACCUGGAUUUCCACAUGGGGAACUGUAUAUUCAAUUUUCAAAAGCAGCAUGUUUUGGAGAGGGGAAAACCCCAUGAAAGAAGCCAGAUUAUUAGCAAAUUGGCUGGACAAAUUGUACAGAUGAGCCAGCAUAAAUUUGCAUCCAAUGUUAUUGAGAAGUGUUUGGAGCAUGGUGACGCUGCAGAACGAGAACUUCUGAUCGAGGAGAUUGUUGGACAGACAGAGGGAAACGAUAAUUUGCUGAUAAUGAUGAAGGACCAGUUUGCAAAUUAUGUGGUCCAGAAGAUUCUUGAAACAUGUACCAAUAAACAGCGAGAAAUAUUGCUUAGUCGUAUAAGAGUGCACCUGCACGCGUUGAAGAAAUACACAUAUGGGAAACACAUUGUUGCUCGGGUUGAACAACUUUCUGGCGAAGAAACCGAACCUUCAGAAUCAUAAUUCUUGGAAAAGGUUUCAUACCAAGUCCCAUCAGUAUGUCACCAUUGGUGAAAACUUCACAUGAAACCACAGGGUUUGUUAGCCCACUGGUAAAAUCUAAAAUACAGCAAAAGCCCUUCCCAUCCGAAAUUCAUUCGAAAGGCUCCGAACUGCUGGAAAGAUGUACAGGUCAGGCUUCUGUAAGUAGUUCUCUGAUGAUACAAGUAUAUGUGCCGUAAAGGUAGUAAAUACGUAUUUAUGUAUUCCUUGGGAUUUAUGUUCUAUGCAUGUAUAGCAUUUGUGCUAGCAUAGGUAGCAUUUUAACUAAGGAUGGCAUUCCGGAUGAUGCCAUCCUUGAUUCUGUGAGAAAUAGUUACAUGACUUAUCCAUUCUAUUUGCCACUGGUUGCUGAGUCUUCCUUGCUUUGCACAUUGAGGUACCAUUGGUGAGAUUGGUUCUGUAUUCCCCUUAAAGCUAAUAUGGUAGUUUUUAUGAAGUAAGAAGGUAUUAUACUA